CAAAAUUCCGUAAGAUGGCAGCAUGCACACCAAAUGUCCACUCCAACAUGUCAUAAGUCCAAAAAUAACAAAGACUCACUAAGAGGUUAUACAUCCGUGCGAUAGCAAUAUAUCGAUGGAGCAAUAGAAUAUAGGAAUAUUGGAUAUUUGACAGUGUGGAACUAUGGCCGAUUCCUUGCAAGAUGAACACUUUGAUUUAUAUCAGGAGAUUGCCCGAUCGGCAUUUGCCGAUAUGUUGCAUGACCACGAACGGAAUGAAAAGUAUUUUUAUGCAUUGAAAAAGGCCAUCGAUAAGAUGCACGAACGAAAUUUGCCGGCGCAUGUUUUGGACAUCGGCACCGGUACCGGGCUUCUAUCAAUGAUGGCUGUCAAAUGUGGUGCCGAUUCGGUAAUUGCCUGCGAAGCAUUCCGGCCCAUGGCCGAUUGUGCGGAGAAAAUUAUCGAAAGCAAUGGCAUGGCCGGACAAAUACAAUUGAUUAAAAGACGUUCCACUGAUAUUUUCGAAAAAGAUUUGCCGCAACGAGCCAACAUUUUAGUUACCGAAGUAUUUGACACCGAAUUGAUUGGUGAAGGUGCGAUUGAAACAUUCAAUCAUGCUCAUUUGCAUUUGUUGGACACAGAUUGCAUCGUUGUGCCAGAUUCAGCGAAAAUUUUUGUGCAAGUGGUCGAAUCACCGUUGGCUUGGGCAUGGAAUAUGCCAAAAUUAAUCGCAGAUCUUGAUGGAGAUGUCUUAGUUCGAACACCGUGCGAGAUCACCGAUUGCAAAGGCAUCUCCGAGCUGCACGAUAUCCAGCUGAAUCAGUUUCCGGUUCAUCAAUUCCGUGAAGUUGCCGAACCAGCGGCUGUAUUUGAAUUUGAUUGGUCUGGGAAAAGUGUCAUUUCGAAGAAUGAAUUCCGCAAAGUGACUAUCAAAGCCAAGCAAAAUGGUACGGCACAAGUGUUCUUCAUGUGGUGGGUGUUGAAAAUGGACCAAGAUGGCGAAAUCCGUAUUAGCUGUGCACCGCAUUGGGCUCACGAAGAUUUUUACGACUUGAAAAACGAGCGUCCACAAUUCCAACCCGAGCAAAAUGUCAUUCCGUGGCGUGAUCAUUGGAUGCAAGCCAUUUACUAUGCACCAAAACCAGUGCAAAUCGGUGUCGAUGAAGAAUUACUCUUGAAAUGCAAUCGUGAUGAAUUCUCAUUGUGGUUUGAUCUCACUCGAGCCGGCAGCGAAGAUGAUAAUACUCAAGAAAGUGUCCGAGAUCGCCCAAUGUGCACGUGUGGCUUCCAUUUGGCGCUAUCUCGAACCCGUAUCGGACAAAUGAACCAUAGUUUACGAUUGAAAAAAUUCCAAAAGAUCUUUAAUAAGGCGCUUGAUCAAAAUUCAACCGUUUUAUUCAUCAGCGAAGGCUCAUUACUCGGUCUAAUGAUUGCUGCACUCAAAGUGAAACAUGUGUAUGUUUUGGAUUCCAACAAGUAUACGCGUCGUGUGCUUGAAAAGUACAUUGACUUCAAUCGCUUCAGCAACAUCACACUCUUGGAAGACGUGAAUGAAUCGAAUGUUGAUUGGCCCACAAUUACGCACAUCAUUGGUGAGCCCAGCUUUAUAACAUCGAUUCUGCCAUGGGAUAAUUUCUAUUUUGGCGAAAUUGUGAACAAAGUCAAGGGUUUUUGCAAUGAAAGUGUUCAAAUUCUACCUCAUACUGCUACUAUUCGCGCCGUUCCAGUGGAAUUUCUGGAUUUACACAAAAUAUUUGCUCCGUUCGAUGUUUGUGAAUCGUUCGACUUGACGCUAUUUGAUCGAGUCAUUGAGGAAUCGUCCGAAUUUGCUGAUGACAUUGUUGAAGCUCAACCGCUGUGGGAAUAUCCAAGCAUAGCAUUAGGAAUGGCAAAAUCGGUAUUUUCCAUUGACUUUGCCACAUCGUCAACCAGUUCUGAACACAAUGAACUAGAAAUUAGAACUGCCGGUUCAUGCAAUGGGAUUGCAUUUUGGACGGAAUUCAAUUUUCUGAGUACGCAAACGACGAUCAUAAGCACCGGUCCAUUAAACGACAUGGCACUAAAUAAUUUCAUCGAUUGGGACAUGUACACACGGCAAGGUGUACAUCUAUUCUGGAAGCCAAUUGCAUCCAAUAACGACGAAGUAACAACCAUCCCAUGUCGCGUCCAACGCAGCGACGACAAUGCCAUUUAUUUCAACUUUGUAUAAUUCCACACGACAAUUUCAUGUCAAAUAUUUCGCACCAUUAGCUGUAAAUUAUUGUCUUUUUUUCAUGUUUGACUUUUUUUUAAUCGUCGAAAGUCGACUCAACCAUUUUAGUCGGUAGGCAUGAAAACGAAAAAUUAAAACAUUCAUAUUUGAUGAAGUGCUGCUUAAAGCAUUUCAGAGUACUGUUACUUUUUCUUAAAAUGCAAAGUAUUUUUCCUUUAUUUUCAUAGCAAAUGACCAUUUCAAAUGAAAUGAAAAACAGCAACAAAAAAUUUCUCCAAACUACAUUCUUGAAAUGGAAGCGCUAACGAAGGGAAAUAAAUAAAUAAAAUGUUUAGCCAAAAUAAAA